AUUCAAACAGCAAACGACUACUGAAGCGUCAGAUGCGAGACCACCAACAGACCAUUUGUGUGAGUAAUGCCACCAAUUCUCGAUCACCCGAUGACCUCAAGUCAAGGAUUUUCAUCGGAAAUCUCAACACAAGUGUUAUUACUAAAAGACAUUUGCAUCUCAUAUUCGCACAGUUCGGUGAUAUUAAAGCCAUAUCAAUGCAUAAGGGCUAUGCAUUCAUUCAAUAUGACGACCAAAUGGAUGCACUCAACGCUGUCAUAUCACAAGACGGACAGGUUAUUGCUGGUCAAGCAAUUGAUGUAAAUCUUGUGACGGAACCAAAACCACAUCAGAAGUCGAGUAAGACCUCAUCAACAGCUAGUAAUGGGAGUGAUAUCAGCGCAGAGUUGGCUUCAGAAGCAAAUAAUACUGAGAAAGGCAACGAUAAUGAAGACAAAUAUAAAAGUUUGACCAUUAAUAUGACGGAUAUGAUUGUGGACACCGACUCUGUUGGUGAUCACAGCAUAUACUCGACGAGUGAACAAAACGGUAUCUCAAAUGAAUUAGAAAGUCAUAUAAACGGACAAAAUUGCAAUAAUUUAGAUGAAAGUCAAACAAAACGAAUUAAACUGAAUGAUAAUGAAGACAUAGAUGAAAACACUUGGAGAUCAGGUUCCUCGGAGGGCAAUACAGCCAAUGUUGACAGCAAUAAUGUUAAUGAAAAUAAACAUUUAACAGACAAUCAUUUGAGUGAACAAAACCACAGCAACAGCAGCACCUCAUCCCUGAGCUCUCUAUUAUAUAAUCAAUCGUUAGGUUUGCUGUUAAACAAUGCUAAUCAUCGUCUUAGUUCAGAUAACAUACCGUUAGCUUUAAGUCCAAUACAGACAACACAACAAACCUGCGAUAUAUUGAUUUGCGGUAAUUGUCGGACACUAUUCACAUCUUUGCCACUAUUUAUUCAGCACAAGAAGUCAUCGAAAUGUAGAUUACGUUUCGUAUGUCACUGUCAUCACAAAUGA